UUUUAUAACAACUCUUAAUGUGAUUACGGGAAUGUUAUGGGGUGGUGGUACAGUUGAAGAAGAAGAAGAAAAGUCUAGGAUUGAUGCUCUUGAGUUUCGUAAGGUGAUUGUUGAGCUGAAUAAUUUAGCCGGCACGCCUAAUGUUUCAGACUUCUUCCCCGUUCUUAGAUGCUUUGAUAUCCAGGGGAUCGAACGUCAAGCAACAGCUCACUCUGCAUGGUUAGACCGGAAAAUCGACUUGGUUUUCGACCACAGGAAGAAACUUAAGGACAAGGACCUCCUACUUCAGACUUGCCAAAGCAAAAAGAAGAGGAAGGAUUUUGUGCAAAUUCUUUUAGAGCUCAUGGAACAAAAGGAUGGUGAAACGCAAAUAACUAGGACCCAGUUUAAGGCCUUGUUUAUGGACAUCAUCAUGGGUGGUACAGAUGCGACUUCCACAGCCCUAGAAUGGGUAAUGACAGAAAUGAUGCAGCAUCCAGAGAUUAUGAAAAGAGUACAAGCAGAGUUGGAUCAAGUAGUAGGAACUAACAAUACCGUGGAAGAGUCUCAAUAAUCGGAGCUUCAUUACUUGGAUGCAGUGGUGAAAGAAACGUUUAGGCUACACCCAGUUGG